AUGGGUGAAACUGCAAGAGCUCAAAGAAUGAAGGGAUCCACUGAUGCCAAACUUGCCUUAAAUGAUUUUCCUUGUCCAGUCUAUGAAGUGGUGCCCUCACCAUCAGGAAAGUGUAGAAGAAAAGGGUAUGGAAAAACGACAAAAGGAAAAAAAAUUGUGUAUUCAAAAAAAUUCAUCAACUAUUUCAACGAGAGAACCUGGGAGCAAACAAAAGUGAACAUCACAGAAAAUUACAAACUGCAAAACUUGAGCGAACCAGACUUUGAAGUCAAUCCACAACUUAGAAAAGUGUCACGAUUCUACCUGGGAGAAAUGGCCCUCAAGGUUGCGAAAUACAAUAUCAAGUCUGAAUUCAUCGUUAAAGCAAAUGAAGAAAAAGUUGGAAAACCUAUAUCUCUGGAUGAACUAGUAAAACAAUUAACUAACAAGAGGUAUACACGCAUUGCAUUAAUCGGCCAGCCAGGGUGUGGAAAGACAACAAUUUUAAAACGUCUUGCUCAAAUCCUCCUAGUUGUCAAUGAAUUAGUCCAACAAGCUCAAGUCAGUCAUGGAUCGUUUUCUCGUUCAAAAAAACUCAAAAAAAUGAAACGUUGCUUUAAGUUUAUUCAUCACUUGAAUAUCAAAGAUAUCCCAAUUUUAAAAGGAACUUCCAGAGAUGAAGCCAUUAGCCCAUGUGAAUUACUUUUUGGAAAAAUAGCUUCGAGACUCUCGUCACAAGAUAAGGAAGAAGGCUAUGAAUGGCUACAUGAAAAUCAAUCAAAGACCAUUCUUUUUCUUGACGGCCUUGAUCAAGCAACUUGGAGUCUUCUUGGAAAACAUAAGAAGAUGAAGUAUACCGAUAAAUCUAGCACAGCAACAUCAAUGUACAAUCUCUUAACCGGCAAUCUCUUUCCCAGAAUGACGAUCGUGAUUUCUUCACGUGAGCACAGAUUGGCAUCACUUCCAUCAGAAUUGAGGCCACAAUUUAUAACAGCCCUUGCUGGUCUGGCUCGAGAUGACAUCAAGCGUUUGUUCAUUGCAGUUAUGGGAGACCGCGGAGAAAAAGCUUGGGAGAAACUAACAAUGCAGUCGCCCGCACUUAUUCCGUUAUCAUCUGUUCCUCUUUUCCUAAUUUUCAAUGCAAUUGGCUGUAAGAACAACCCAGAUACCAUGACUGGGAUAAUGCUACAAAUCCUCCACAUCUUCAUGCGAUCCGAUCACACUCAUGAAAAAAAACAGAUUGAAAACAAACUCAGAAAAUUGAUGCUAAUGUCGUUCGAAGGCACAAAAGAUAGGCGAGUCAUAUUCACAAUCCAUGAUCUUGAAAAAGUCGAACUUGAUCCUAAUGACGUUCGUGAUUUUAUCAUCAGGGUUCCUGGGAAAAACAUGUUCAACCAGCAUCUCAUGGAAGGUGACCAUCUAAUGUUCUUUAGUCACCAAAUUCUUCAAGUAGUUUUAACCGCUCUCUAUAUUUCAAAUAUGGAUUCCACUGCGUUUCGUGCCUUUAUAGAAACUGAGAUGGAUUACGAUCAUUGGGCAGUUGUUCGUCAUUUUCUAAGUGGAAUUAUUCUGAAUCCUGAUAUUGAAAGCAGUCUCAUAGCAAAUUUUUCCUCUGGUGCCAGACAAGAUGAGAAGAUAAGAUUUGUAAGAGAAUUUCUCACAUCUAAGUCAAGUCAAAAAAUGAAAUCGUGUCAUAAGUUGGAUCUAUUUGGAACAUUAUACGAAGCAAACGACAUCGAACUUAUUCAUUCUUGCAUCAAGGAAAUCAAUUUUAAAUUUGAAUCCAUCACAACAGUAGGAAUGCACGCCAUGUCAUCAGUUAUGCGACGCUGCAACCAACUAGAUAUUGUUUGUCUUUGUGGCUGUAGUCUUAAUGACGAGUUGGUUCAUAUCCUGACUUCAAAUCUUAAAGGUUCCUGUUUGAAGCUGAAUGAACUAGAUGUCAGUUUCAAUGAUACCCUUGGAACUGCUGGUUUUGGUGAACUUGGAAUAGUUGUUUCACAAUGUCAUGUGGAGGUAUUCAGUGCCGCGAAUUGCUAUCUGACUACAGAAGGAAUGAAAGCAUUUAAAGAAAACACUCGUAAUGCAAAGAUAAAGUUGCUGGAUCUGAGUAUGAACGACAUCAGCAGACUCAAAGAUGAAGGAUUAUCUACAAUCAGUGAAAUUGUUUAUCAAUGUCAGGUUGAAAAAUUAUCAAUGCGGAGAUGCUACCCCAACCUUGAUCAGUUGGAAAGAUUUAAAGCAUCAAUUGCAGAUAUCGGAGUCGAUCUCUAUGACUAAUAGACACCACAAACGAUGAAUUGAAUGAUUCCUAAUGCUGGGAAUGAGUCAUUCAAGCUUAAAUCUUAUUUGGGUUCCAUCAAAACCAUUGCCAAUAUAAUAUUAUUUGCAAACAUCACAAGAAAUAUAAUUUACUCGUUAUUUGAACUACAACGAGGUUUGAGCAAGUGCGUAUGGAUCAUCCUGUUUAAAUAUUCAGUCCCUAAAUAUCCAUUGCCAGCAGUGAUUUCCCUGAUUUAAAUGCGUGAUUUAUUUGUACAAUGUAUCUAAAUAAAUCUAAGGACUUUGGGGUUGGAAAGAGAACAAGAGCGCAAAAGUAUUUUGACUAUAAAAUUUUUUCCACUUCUAUUCAUUUAUUUUGUUGAAAAAUUUGAAAAUAAUAAAAUGGACUCAUUGACAUAAAAAAUCAAAUAUGUCACAGUUUUGUUGCACGAUUUGCAAUUUAAACACUUAUCUCAAUUGAGAAGAUUGUCAUUCAAUGCCUCCCAUGUUACCAUUAAUUUUUUGCUGGACUAAUGUGGAUAUCAUAUGAAAAUGUUCCUUUUUGUAAUUUUUAUGAAAUAAUCAUUCGAAUCGAAUUAACCAGCAAUAUGCUUUUUUCAGUUCAAUUAAAAUAUUGCUUCAUUUGUUUCCCUAAGUCGAGACCUCAGAGCUUUCUCUAACCGAGUCGAGCCAAUCACUGAGUUACGACUGGAGGCUGGGUGCGUUCGAUUAGUAUCGGGGUUUCCCAAACUGGGGUCCGCUUUUCCAUGAUGGCUGGACACGGGCUCCACAGCAAUAUGAAAAGUUCUUGAUCAAUCUUUAAUGAUUGAUUUCGGUACUCCCGAAGAAUAUGAACCAAGAUGGCGGACAGCGGAACAUAGUAUGUGUACCAGGUUAGGAUUAAACCAUAAUUUCAGGUACAAAUACUACGGGAGUAACUUGG